UUUAAAGGCCAUGUACCUGCCCUCCCUGGAAGACGCUCGCCUAACUUGUUCUUGAGCUGCAGCACUGUCAUCGCCUUCAUCUGUUCUUCGGUGUUACACAGGUCGAUGGUCAUGUUCUCUCCGUUCAACCCGAUCACUAUGACUUGGUAAAUCUUCCCCAUGGUGUCGCAUGAGGCAGAAUGACCGGACUUUACGUGAGCGAGAUAAUUAAAAGGAGACUCAAAGUUUCACUUUCCUUCUGGUCUGCGGAGUGAAGUCAGUGUUAUAUUGGCGGUUGUGCGCUCAGCUCCGACGACUCACCAGAGAAGAGCAGCGUCGGUAUCCGAUGUGAAACCGACUUGUGCACAUUUCCGUCUUGGCCACAUGUCAAUGAAUACAAGACUGACUGCAAGAUCUACCAUAACAAGAAGCCAUAACAAGAAGCCAAGAGGUUUGGCUUCAGGAAGACCUUUCUGCCACCCUCAGCAAGUCGUGUUUCAUAAACCUAACCUAGUUGUGUUGCCUAAACCUAACCAGUAGUUGUGUUACCUAAACCUAACCAAUGGGCCUAUAAACCUAACCAAUUGUUUUGUUAGCUAAACCUAACCAAUAGUUUUGUUGCUUAUAGUUUAUAACAAUCUCAACAAUCUCAUAGCGGACUCAUCACCUUCAGGCAGAACGUGUACUCCCGUGUGCACAACGCGCGUUCCCGCGUCACUAGGGGAUGGCUCAAUGAAUCCCUGACAGCCUGCCGCGCAAUCACGUGUUUUCUCAGAAAGAUAGAAACAGAACCGAAAGCCCGUCUUCUUCCAGUUGCCACCAACACGCAGCAGUUUAACUCAUCUCAGCAAACGAGCAAUAACAGUCGAUAGAAAGUAAAAUGAGCGAGCAGAAUUCAGAGAAGAGAUAUGAUCCGGAAGACACCACUCUUAAAUUUGUCAACAGACCAGAUGACUUAGACCCGCUUCCACCUGAGGACGGAGACGAGCAGCUCAGCGCGGAGAUGUCUUGCGGUCACGCCGUGAAGCCAGAAUCUCUGACCGGGUGGUGUCGCAGUUUGCUGGACCAGGGCCAGUACACAUUUAAGUGCCCUGCACCCACGGAGGGCACGGAGCAGUGUGGUGCCGAGUGGCCCUACACAGAGGUCCGCCGGCUGGCCGCACUGACCGCAGAAGAGAUGCUGGACUUUGAAAUGAAAUUGGGCCGUCUAGCCGCCGCACGGUUUUGUGACUUUAAAGCAUGCCCUGGCUGUAAAACCUACGUGGAAAGAGAAGCGUUAGACAAUCUCUGUUUCCAAUGCACUAUCUGUAAAGAAAGCAACAAGCCCACCAAGCAGUUCUGCUGGCAGUGUCUGAGGCCCUGGAAGGGGAGGGGGCCGCGCAGCGACCGCUGUGACAACGACGACUGCUCAGACAAGGAUCUGGAGCUGCUGAAAGGGUGUGGCACCAUCACGAUGUCCCAGGUGGCGGGGGUGGGGCCUGUCCCUUCCAUCAGGGCCUGCCCCACCUGUGGCUUAAAGGUGGAGCACGACAAGACCGGUUGCAAGAACAUCCUAUGCCCACGCUGCAAGGUGGAGUUCUGCUUCGUGUGUCUGAAGCUCACCGGGCAGUGCCUUCAGACCAGCUGCUAUUUCAUAGCCUGCAGCAGCGGCAUCGCACCGAGGCAGACCGCCAUGCCAAUAUGGAAGAGAUAAUAACGGUGUAUUUGAUUUAUCAUUCAUGUUGUCGACACUGUGCCUUAUUGUUAUGGCAAUAAAAAAAAAAUUGAAUGGUAUGGUGGCACGCCACUGCUCAUUAUUAUGUAAAAUAAUUAAAGGUGACAUAUUAUACCAGCAGGUGUGACGACAAAACGGAUUGUAAUGGCUAAUCACACUCGCACUUGGUGGUAUAAUAUGUCAACUUUAAGAUACAACAUGCCACCCUAGAAAUUGCCUAUUUAGAAGCCAUAGUUUGAAGAUAGCGUGCACAGUAGAUCAAGAUUGUAUCAUUGAUUAUGUGCAGCCAUAGUUUGAAGAUAGCGAGCAAAGUAGAAGAGAAUGAGUUAUAUAAAGAAAGAGCCGUUCCACAACGUUCCAGUGUACCCGAGUCACUCAUGAUGUCAAUAAGAAGCGAAACUCAUUCUGCGUGCGACCAUGUAGGCCAGCAAUCUCUGUUGACAUUAACCUCCACUAGUAAGUGAGAGUAGCCUACAUCACAUUAUCAAAACUCCAGUUUAGAUAUAAUUGGUACGAUAAGAGUCAUGAUCAUCUACAGAAUAAUGCCAGAGGCAAGGCUAAAGACCAAAAUACAUGUCUUCCAUCGUUUGCUUGAAUGGAGACUGCAUUGUUACGCAGCGGUUUAGUUUCACUUUCGGUAUGUGACUUGAAUGAGACACGUAGGGAUUCAAUUAUAUUCUUUCACUUCUGACUGAAGACGAGUCUGUUGCGUUCACUAAUAAGUUCACGGGGUUUCAGGGACCCCUAGAGGAUCCUCGAAUGUAUUGCAGGAAAGCCGCAAAUGUUUUUUUCUACCAUUAUAGGUUUUUAACCUCCGAGUCCGCCUCAACGGGUUCUACAUAGUGACAGCUAAUUGAUAUGCAUUUGUUACUCAUCAUUCAUUACCUGGUUCAGCUGUAUGAGUCUUAUUCUAUACAAGCUUUCACAUUUGUACUUUUUUAUCUUUU